AACGCGCACUGACCGAAACUGGAGUGACAGCAGUGAUGUGUGAAGAAGCGGCGCUUGAAACCCACCCGAAUAUUCGUGGCUGUAGUGACUACAAACAUAACCCACGGUUCAUUAGCACGGGGCAAUAGUGAGGAGGCGGGCUCUGAUCAGAUCUGAACAUUUCAACAGAUCUGCCGACUAGCGGCUUCAUCUUCGCCUUUCACUCUUCAAACAACUGACCGCUUUUCAGUACCUCUCACCGCUUCCCCGACUGCAUCCUCUGUCGCGUUUUCCUCGCCAUUUUCCUCCCCGGAUAGGGAGAGGAUUGAAAGUUUAUCAUCACUGUUGUAGUACCCCUAUUUUUUUGUGUGUCUGUGUGGUGUGUGGGGGGAAAAAACAAGAACAAGAACAACAACAACAACAACAACAACAAAACAAAAGGCGAGCAAACAUUUGAAAAGUUUUGACAUUUAAUUUUUUUUUUUUUAAGUUUCCCAGUUUCUAGUUUUUAUCCUGUCGGACAUCGGGUUGAUUCUCAUGAGUGUGCCUCCGGUGAUUCGGCCGCCGAGCCCUCUCCCGGGGUCGCCAGGCAUCUCUUUCCAAAUUCAGAUCGGGCUGAGCCGCGAAUCGGUCCUGCUGGACUCCGGCGACUUCACCCUGUCGCACGUCAGGGAAAUGGCAUGCUCCAUCGUCGACCAGAAGUUCCCAGAGUGUGGCUUUUAUGGGAUGUAUGACAAAAUUCUCUUGUUUCGUCAUGAUCCAAGCUCGGACAAUAUCCUCCAGCUGGUGAAAUGUGCAACAGACAUUCAGGAGGGAGACCUUGUUGAAGUUGUGCUGUCAGCCUCUGCCACAUUUGAGGACUUUCAGAUCCGUCCUCACACGCUGUUCGUCCACUCCUACAGAGCUCCGUCGUUCUGUGAUCACUGUGGAGAAAUGCUCUGGGGUCUUGUGAGACAAGGUCUCAAGUGUGAAGGCUGUGGUUUGAACUACCACAAGCGCUGUGCAUUUAAAAUUCCAAACAACUGCAGUGGAAUACGCAAGAGGAGGUUGUCUAAUGUCUCCUUAACUGGCUUGACUACCUCAAGGUCAGUUUCUGCUGAGCCUUCGCCCUGCGCGUCAGAUGAAGCACUACUGUCUCCUGUCAGCCCCAGUGUUGAGCAGAAAACGCAGUCUGAGUCCUUUAUUGGAAGGGAGAAGAGAUCGAACUCCCAGUCAUACGUCGGCCGGCCAAUCCAGCUGGACAAGAUUUUGCUCUCCAAAGUGAAAGUGCCCCACACCUUCGUUGUCCAUUCUUACACGCGCCCCACUGUCUGCCAGUACUGCAAGAAGCUUCUGAAAGGGCUGUUUCGGCAGGGCCUUCAAUGUAAAGAUUGCAAGUUCAACUGCCAUAAACGCUGUGCUCCCAAAGUGCCAAAUAAUUGCCUUGGUGAAGUAGCCAUUAAUGGAGACCUGCUCAGUCCGGGGCCGGAGUCGGAUGUUGUCAUGGAGGAAGGAAGUGACGACAACGACAGCGAGAGGAACGGCGGGCUGGCGGAUGACAUGGAGGAGUCCCUGGCCCACGACUCGGUGAUCUCCAUGAGCGGCGGCCACAGCCACAUCGGGGAGAUGCAGGACCACGACACGGACCCUGACGACUCCAGCAGGAUGAUAAGCCCUUCCACUAGCAACAACAUCCCUUUGAUGAGAGUGGUGCAGUCUGUCAAGCACACCAAGAGGAAAAGCAGCAACGUGUUGAAGGAAGGAUGGAUGGUCCAUUUUACAAGUAAAGACACACUGCGGAAAAGACACUAUUGGAGACUGGACAGUAAAUGUAUUACUUUGUUUCAGAAUGACACGGGGAGCAAGUAUUAUAAGGAAAUUCCAUUAUCUGAAGUUUUGUCCUUGGAACCAGCUAAGAACUUCAACUUACUUCCUUCUGGAGCAAAUCCCCACUGCUUUGAGAUCACUACAGCAAAUGUUAUGUACUAUGUCGGGGAAAAUCUGGUAAACACAGUGAACAUGCCCGCUAAUAACAACGUACUCAUAAGUGGCAUCGGCCAGGAUGUUGCCAGAAUGUGGGAAAUGGCAAUACAGCAUGCCCUGAUGCCAGUCAUUCCAAAGGGUGUGUCCCAUGGGAAUCAACAGAGCUACCAUAAAGAUGUUUCGGUUAGCAUUUCUGUUUCCAACUGCCAAAUUCAGGAAAAUGUGGAUAUUAGUUCGGUUUACCAAAUAUUUCCUGAUGAAGUUCUUGGCUCUGGGCAGUUUGGAAUAGUAUAUGGAGGAAAACACAGGAAAACGGGAAGGGACGUGGCCAUUAAAAUCAUAGACAAGUUGAGGUUUCCUACGAAGCAGGAGAGCCAGCUGCGGAAUGAAGUCGCCAUCUUACAGAACCUCCAUCACCCUGGUGUUGUCAAUCUGGAGUGCAUGUUCGAGACGCCCGAGCGAGUGUUUGUUGUCAUGGAGAAGCUCCAUGGAGACAUGCUGGAGAUGAUCCUGUCAAGUGAAAAGGGAAGACUGCCGGAGCGCAUAACCAAGUUUUUAAUCACCCAGAUUCUUGUAGCACUGAGACAUCUUCACUUUAAGAACAUUGUUCACUGUGACCUCAAACCUGAAAAUGUUUUACUCGCCUCUGCUGACCCCUUUCCUCAGGUUAAGUUGUGUGACUUUGGAUUUGCUCGGAUCAUUGGGGAGAAAUCUUUCAGACGUUCAGUGGUUGGUACACCUGCAUACCUGGCCCCUGAGGUGUUGAGGAAUAAGGGAUACAACAGAUCUCUGGACAUGUGGUCUGUAGGCGUCAUCAUCUAUGUCAGCCUCAGUGGCACCUUUCCCUUUAAUGAGGAUGAGGACAUUCAUGAUCAGAUCCAGAAUGCCGCAUUCAUGUACCCACCAAACCCGUGGAAAGAAGUAUCCCAAGAAGCAAUUGACCUCAUUAACAACCUCCUGCAAGUGAAAAUGAGGAAGAGGUACAGUGUGGACAAGUCUCUCAGUCACCCUUGGCUACAGGAUUACCAGACAUGGCUGGACUUGAGAGGGCUUGAAUGCAAGAUUGGAGAGCGGUACAUCACCCACGAAAGCGAUGACUCCCGGUGGGAGCUGUUUGCAGGACAGCACGGCCUGCAGUACCCAGCUCACCUGGUCAACCCACAUACAGACUGCAGUGAGGGCGUAGAGGCCGAGGAGGCAGAGAUGAGGGCUCUGGGCGAGAGAGUCAGCAUUCUCUAGACAAGCACGACCUCUGACACGGGGCUGGUGCACCAGCCAGGAGCCAGCCUUCACCUGGGCCUUGCAAAAAAACAACACACGACCCAAAACAAUUUCAGAAUACUGCUGCUACUGCUGCCCUCAUCCCACUUCUGUUUGAAUAAGGACAGCCCAUGUUACUUUGCUGAGCACCCAGGAGCAACUGUACUUUUCUUGUGCUGGAGUGUGCAGUUAAGAGCUAUUCACCUAAUCAGUACAGCCACCGCCAUCUGUUACCCGAUGUCUGUUUCUUGCUCAUGUUUCGUAAAUAUAAAUAAAAGAAGAAUGUCUUAAAGUGUGCCUUUUGCUAGAUUGCUACCCGUAUGUCACCUUGGAAAAGCUUCUUUGUCAAUUUCUUUAUUACUAUAGUUUAGCAGUGUCGUAUGCACUCAGAGAGGUUUGGGCUGCUGUUCAGCUGGCUGUGUCUCGGUACGUCUAAGGAUUCAUACAGAAUGUGAAGAUUUUCAGAAUACUGUCUUCAACAAAUGUGAGUAUUUUAUAAUGAACACACGGGUCAAACCUUACUGUACAAUUAUAGCACAAGUGCUUUAUGGAAAAAGUAAGCCUCAAUGCCUUAGUAACAAUGUAAACAGCAGUACAGUUCUGAUAAAAUUACAUUCCUUUUCUUAUGAAGAUGGAUUUUAAUGACGUUCAGCAGCUUGUUAACAUGUGGCCUCUUUGUGUACGUUUUCAAUAAAAGUCUUGUUGGGCUGUAAAAGUUGAAAACA